AUGGACGAGCUCCAGAGUGUGGGCAUUGGUGUUGCGCUUGGCCUGGUACUUGUCUCCUUCUUGACGCUCUAUCCUGGUGGGCCCUUCGACUACACAGCCGACGGCACCCACACUAGUGACCAUUCCUCGUCAACUCCCGCCUCCAAGAAUGAACAAGGAUCUCCAAGCACGGCAGCUACACCAGCAAUCAGCUCGGGACAGCCACAGAAGCAGCAGCAGAUCGCUGAAAUCGAGAAGGCGGCCCAGCGCGUAAAGGUCCAGAAGCUGCAGGAACUGCUCGGUCUGGAGAAGGACAAAGCUCAGGAACUCGUGCGACGAGCCAAACAGGAAGCGAUGGACGCGGUUGAAACGCCUGGAAGAGCACCCAGCAGCUACACUGGCAGCGGCAAGAGCGCCUGGCUGGAUCGCGCGUUCUUCUUCGUCAUGUUUGGUCUCCUUGUCUGGGUGUUGUGGCAGGACUACAGCAUCAACCUGUUCUCCGUUGCAGCACACAUGAUGCCACGCGAAGCUAACGUGGUGCGUCAGGUGCUCGCAGCGCCGCGAGAUCUUCUGACCCAGUUCUUCACUCUGUGGGAAUAG